GCAAGCGCGGCGCUCCGGCUUUCUCUCCAGGCGCGGCCUUUGAAGAAAAACUGUCGUUUGAGAAUCAUGGUGCGGCCUGGACUCUCCGCCGCUGCUGAAGAGCGGCAGAGAAAGCUGCAGGAGUACCUAGCAGCCAAGGGAAAACUGAAGUGCCAAAACACCAAGCCUUACCUGAAAGCCAAGAAUAAUUGCCCAAAUCCUCCGCCUUCUAAAUCUACUAUUGGACCCAAAAAGGAUGUUACCAACCAUGUUGCCUUGGCAGUCAAAGCUACAAGAUCCAUCAGCAUUAAACUACAGUCCAGACCUGCCAAUAUCACCAGGUCUCAGAGACCAAAGUUGGAGCCACCAAAACUAGGUAAAAGGCUCACUUCAGAAAGUGUUUCUUCUAACCCAAACGGUAAGCCUCCUGGCAGUAGUCAACAGCUGCAUGGAUUUGGAUCGUCCACUGAUGGAGAACAGCCAAGAGAAACCAUGGGAUCACUUAAUAUACAGGAACUGAAAACUACAAAGCAGCAGGUAACAGAUCAAAGAAUUGCUAAACGUACAGACCCUGUGGACAAUACACAUGUUGAAAAUGAAUCCCUGGGUGGCUGUCUAAAGGAGAUGAAUAAAGAGAACUUGCCCCAAGACUUACCAGACUCUGAAAGGAAGCCAAAUCCUGAAUCCUGGACCAUAAAUAAACCCAAAACAAAUCAAACCAAAAGCACUUUGGCUCCUACCAGAGAAGUCUUGGGCAAAAGCUCAGGGAACGGUGCUGCUCUGACACAGAGAGUUAGGAAACCAUUUGUUGAAGAAACACAAACCAGGGUUCCACCAGGGAAGUCUCAGCAACUCUCUAGAGGAGCAGACCUUAUAAGACCAGGGGGGAAACCCCCCAAAACCCUUCCCUCUCACUUUGUCCAGACACUUAAUAGAUCUCAAGCCACAAAGAAAACAGUGGUUAAGGACAUAAAGGCUGUAAAGGUUAAUAGAGGUAAGUAUGAAAGACCAAAUGAAACUAAGUUACAGUCAUACACUGUUGCUGAGCAGAAAGUAAAACACAGCAAACCCAGUACGCACCCCAAUGUGCUUCAAGGAGGAUGUAACCACAGACAUCCAAACAUUAAGCAAGAUCAUAAAACCACUCAGUCUUGUUGUAGACCUCAGACAUCAUAUGCACUGCAGAAAUCAAAAGCCAUAAGCCAAAGGCCAAAUUUGACUGUUGGCAGCCUUAACUCCAUCAUUCCAAACACCCCUAGCAUCAGAGCAAAUGGAGCCACUGGGCAUAAAUGCAACACCAGCUGUCAGCAAAGAGCACGGACUUUGGACUCCAAGUUCAAAAGCGCUCCUCCCCAGAAUUGUUUUCUAAACAAGACAGCUCCCCGGAUUCAAGCUGGUGGCCCAACCGUAAGUGGAAGAGGAGUCCCAGAUGGGGCGCAAACUAAUCCACGUCAGAAGAUUGCAGCAGAGGAUCGAAGGAAACAGUUGGAAGAAUGGCGGAAAUCUAAAGGAAAAAUCUAUAAACGGCCUCCUAUGGAGCUUAAAACAAAAAGAAAAAUAAUAGAGGAAAUGAAUAUUUCAUUCUGGAAGAGUAUGGAAAAAGAAGAGGAAGAAAAGAAAGCACAACUUGAACUGUCCAAUAAAAUUAACAGCACUCUGACAGAAUGUCUGCAGCUCAUUGAAAGGGGUGUACUUUCUAAUGAAGUAUUUGCCAUUUUGUCCAGUAUUCCUGAGGCUGAAAAAUUUGCUAAAUUUUGGAUCUGCAAAGCAAAGUUGUUGGCAGGCAAAGGCACCUUUGAUGUUAUUGGGCUCUACGAAGAGGCCAUUAGAAAUGGGGCCACACCAAUACAAGAGUUGCGGGAAGUUGUCCUUAAUAUUUUGCAAGACCAAAACAGAACCACAGAAGGAAUUAUCUCUAACUCCUUAGUUGCUGAAACUAAUAUAACAUCAGUAGAAGAGCUGGCCAAGAAGACAGAAUCUGGAGCAUCUUGCCUUUACCCAAAAGAGAGCGAACAGAUGUCAGUAACACCCCAAAUAACAAAGUCAGAACAGGAUGGUCAUCCUGGUAUCAAAUUACAGAUCGCCCCAAUCCCUCGGAUAAAUGGGAUGCCAGAGGUGCAGGACAUGAAGCUGAUCACACCCGUGAGGCGUUCGGCCAGGAUCGAACGAGCUGUGUCCCGCUACCCGGAAAUGCUGCAGGAACACGACCUUGUGGUGGCUUCUCUCAACGAGCUCUUAGAAGUGGAAGAGACCGAGUGCUUUAUAUUCCGCAAAAAUGAGGCUUUGCCUGUAACGUUAGGGUUUCAAGUCCCUGAAUCAUAAUUUCUUGAUGCUUUGUUUUUUAAGAGACAUUUCAGAGCCUCCAUGAGACAAGAAAUGCACUUACCCAGGUGACCUGGGAGAAACUGUACAAUGGAGAGGCAUUGUGGAUGCAGGACAUGGGCCCCUGGAACUUGAAAAGUAACUCACCGGGACUGACUCUCAAAUUUUAUAUCCCUACAGGAAAGUCUAGUUUAUUUAAGACUAGAGUUGGCCACAGUUUUACAGCAUACAUAAAUUUCCAACUUUUGAAAAUUAAUUUAUCCCACAAGUACAGAAAAUUUUGUAAUUUUAUUGACCUACUUUAAUCCCACCAUAGUUACUUUUUAUAUCAGGAGGUCAGAUCCACAAUACGAUAAACUUUCCUUCCAACAUCCACCCUAGCAGAGAGGGCAUGUCCUCGCAGCCUGAAAGACCAGAGCGUAGACACUGGCCUUCCCCACUUAGAUGGAAUGUAACCCACCAUCUAGUCAAAUGCCCUCAUUUAGCUGAUGAGUUUACACCAGCCGUGCCUUGGCUUAGAGGUCACAAAUAACUUUUCUGUGUGAUCUUUGACUUCCCUCACAAAUCCCUGGAGAUGAGGGGUAAUUCCCAUCCUCUCUGUGCCUGGUUCCUAUAAUGAUACACAAUCCUAAAUUGGGGUGGUCAUUAAGCUUUUUAUAUUCAAACCUAGUUUGCAUUUAUUAUUCAGAAAUGCUUCAGAAAAAAGCAAAAGGGAGUAGCAGAGAGCAGUGGGGAGAGGAUACUUGCCUCUUCAGUUCUAUGCUCUGUAGGGGACAUCUGGCCUGAGAAGACCACCUAAGCCCCAGAAACUCCCCAUUCACCUUUCCCAGUCAGAAUUAUAAUGUAAAUAUAUUGUAUAAAAGGACCUAGUUGAUGUAUUUUAGAUUUCAGUUUUUUUGAUAUUUAUAUUAUCUUAAAAAAAAUUAACCUUUGU